GUGGCUUCGUGGGCACCAUGAGGCCGAGCUAUAGGCUCUUCCUCUGCUUUCUGCUCUGGGGAAGCACGGAGCUGUGCAACCCCCAGCCCGUCUGGUAUGAUGAGUCCCAGCGCCUCAUGCCAUCAGAGCCACCAGCCGUGAUGGUGGAGUGCCGGGAGGCCCAGCUGGUGGUCACUGUCAGCAAAGACCUUUUCGGCACUGGGAAGCUCAUCAGGCCUGCAGACCUCACCCUGGGUCCUGACAACUGUGAGCCUCUGGUCUCUAUGGACACGGAUACCGUGGUCAGGUUUGAGGUUGGGCUGCACACGUGUGGCAACAGUGUGCAGGUGACCGACGAUGCCCUGGUGUACAGCACCUUCCUGCUCCACAACCCCCGCCCUGCGGGGAACCUGUCCAUCCUCAGGACUAACCGAGCGGAGGUCCCCAUCGAGUGCCGCUACCCCAGGCAGGGCAACGUGAGCAGCCGGGCCAUCCUGCCCACGUGGCUGCCCUUCAGGACCACGAUGUUCUCGGAGGAGAAGCUGGUUUUCUCUCUGCGCCUGAUGGAAGAGAACUGGAACUCUGAAAAGACGACACCCACCUUCCAGCUGGGAGACAGAGCCUACCUGCAGGCGCACGUCCACACCGGCAGCCACGUGCCCCUGCGACUGUUCGUGGACCACUGUGUGGCCACACUGACGCCGAACUGGAACACCUUCCCUUAUCACAGCAUCGUGGACUUCCACGGUUGUCUCGUAGAUGGUCUCACCGAUGCCUCAUCUGCUUUCAAAGCACCAAGACCCAGACCAGAGACCCUCCAGUUCACAGUAGACGUUUUCCAAUUCGCGAAUGACUCCAGAAACACGAUAUAUAUCACCUGCCAUCUGAAGGUCACUUCGGUUGACCAAGUCCCGGACCAACUAAACAAAGCCUGUUCCUUCAGCAAAUCCUCCAACAGGUGGUCCCCAGUAGAAGGCCCUGCUGAUGUCUGUCGAUGCUGUAACAAGGGGAGCUGUGGCAAUCCAGGCCAUAAGAGGAGGCAGUCCCGCCUGGAGAGGCAGCCUGCUCCCCGCAGUCGCAGGCACGUGACAGGAGAUCUUUCAGUGACAGAAGAGGCAGAUGUCACAGUGGGGCCACUGAUCUUCCUGGGGAAGACUAGAGACCAUGGUGUGGAAGGGUCUGCCGCCUCUCCCCGCUCGGUGAUGCUGGGCUUAGGCCUGGCCACCGUGGUGUCCCUGACUCUGGCCACCACCAUCCUGGGUCUUGCCGGGAGGUAUCGGGCUGCUUCUCACCCUGUGUGCCCAGUGUCUGCUUCCCAAUAAAAGAAAGUG